GGGUGGCCCGCGCUGGAUCCUCGCGGAAAUUCGGCCGCGUCGUCGUCGCGUCCUCCGACAACUGAGAAUAGACCGCUCACCUGGACAGAGGGUGCCGCUACCGAAAUGUCGGAUACCCCGUCGUCCUCCUCGACGCGCCUCUCGCAACCCGGAUGAGACCGUCCGACGAUCGCGCGAUGGCUUCUCGCGUCUGUCGGCUGGUUCUAGGGAUCUGUUUCUUUUUUUUCUUUUUUUUUUCGUGCGCCAGUAGCACGCGUCUUCUCCCGGAAUCUCCUGUAGGAAUCUAGAUGAUCGGUCGUGUUCGGGUCACCGAGCCUCCUGGUCGCCGAGCCAUCUAGCCGCGUAUCGAUUCGCGGUGUCAAUUUUGGUAGCCACCUUUCGGUAGGCCGUUAACACGUCGCGCGCCCCGAAUAUCGGGCUCGAAGAAUUCGAUAUCGAAGUCGUUUCAUCGAUGAUAAACAGAAACUGGACGGUGGAGAUUUAGGCGCAGGCCCGGUUCCAAAUUCAGCUAAAAAGGUGGAGGGCCCAGGGACGGGAGGUGCAGAGGAGUCGUUAAACGACUCGAAGGACAAGGACAGCGUUGCCGCUACGCUGAGCAACCUGUUCGCCGGACUUCCGGCAUUGGCGGGCUCCCAACGCCUCGCCAAUUCCCUCAGGCAGAAGUUCGCCAAUAACUCCGAGGGAUGGCGGGACUCGGUGUUGGGGGCCUCGCGACGAUUAUUGGAAACCAUCGGCAGUCUCUCCAGGGACGUAUCGGCGUCUCCUGACAAGAAAGUACAAACUCUGCCGAUUCUACCAGUCCCGAGCCUAGAGGUGACCAUGCAGAAGUAUCUGGCCCAGGUCGAAGUGGUCGCUCCGAAUCAUUUGGAGAAGACCAGGCACUUGGUGAAGGCGUUCCUUUCCGGGCCGGGGCCUAAGCUUCAGCAACGCCUGGUGGAACGGAGGCAGAAGAUGACCAAUUGGGCGACCGAUUGGUGGCUAAAAGACAUGUACCUGUCUGUCCCGUUGGCUUUGCCGAUCAACAGCAAUCCCGGGCUGGCAGCGAGACCGAAACGAUUCUCCAGCCAGAAAGAUGCCGCCGUGUUCCUCGCAAGAUUUCUAACGGAGCUGCUCAAUUAUCAAGAACUAUUGGACGAAAACGGUUUAGAACCCGACAAAGUGAAGUCGAAAGAUGGAAAGGGGAUGCAACCACUAUGUAUGGCUCAACACUAUCAAAUAUUCCGCACUUAUCGACGACCGGGGAUCAACAGCGACGAACAAGUUGUGCUCGACAGGGCUACGUCCGGUAAUAACAUAAUCAUCGCGCAUCAUAAUCAGUUUUACAGCGUGCCAGUCAGAGCUCCCGAUCGAGGACGCAUCACGGAAUCGGAAUUGGUCCAGCAAAUUCUGAGCAUCAUGGAAACCAAAGCCGACCCGAGGACUCCGCCUUUCGGUAUACUUACGACCGCGAAGAGACCGGCUUGGGCAAAGGCCAGGGAGGAAUUGCUUAAGCACGAACGAAAUCGACACAAUCUGGAUUUAUUGGAGUGUUGCCUCUGCGUGGUUUGCAUCGACGACGAUAUUCUGCCCGCCACGUUCAACAACCCGUUGAAGAGAGAAGAUCGGUGGAUCGGGGAUAGAGAUUAUGCGAACGUGCUCCAUCAUGCUCUCCACGGAGGCGGCUCUAGACAUCUGGGCGCGAAUCGCUGGUUCGAUAAAACUUUUCACGUUAUACUCGGCAAGGACGGGAUGUGGGGACUGACAUACGAGCACUCGUCCGGCGAAGCGCCGGCAGUUUUCAAGGCGUUCGAAGAUCUGACAGAGAAAGUGGACUCGAUGCCUCCGCCGGACGGUAACUUCGUGCCGUCUCAUCUGGCCGCGCCCGAAAAACUCGAAUGGCACUUGUCCGAGCAAACUCUUAAUCACAUCAGAGACGCUAUAACCUCAUUCGACUCUUUGGUGGAAGACUUGGAUCUGUGCGUUUUGUGGUUCGAAGACUACUCGAAGGACUUCGUAAAGGCCUGCAGAAUCAGCCCGGACGUUUACGUACAGUUAGCGCUGCAACUCACGUAUUUCAAAGUACAUGGAAAAUUGGUAGCAACGUACGAGAGCGCAGGUAUCAGAAGAUAUGCAUUGGGAAGAGUGGACUGCAUCAGGGCGGCCAGCCCGGAAGCCCUGGCAUGGGCGAAGGCAAUGUGCCAAGGGGAUCCAGAAACUCAAGCGGCAAAUGAACAGAACAACAUCCCCGACAAAGGCACCAAAAGAGUUCAGUUCACCAUUUACAGUCAGGAGAGAUUGAAGGAGUUGUUCGAUCUGGCGGUGCAGAGGCAGACCAAAGAAAUGAACGACAACAUAAACGGACAAGGAAUUGACAACCAUUUAAUGGGGCUGCAUUACGCCGCGAAAGAAGCCGGAGAACCGGUCCCCGGCAUCUUCACCGAUGAGGCUUAUGGAAUCGUCAAUCAUUUCGCCCUUUCAACGUCGCAGGUGACCACGAAGAACGACGCGAUCAUAGGAUACGGGCCAGUGGUUCCGGACGGCUACGGUUGCGCUUACAACAUGAGAAAGAACGGGUUCAUAUUCGCGGUGACCGCUUUCCACAGCGACGGUAGAACGAACGCGACGAAAUUCGCGCAAACGCUCGAGCAAAAUUUGCGGGACAUAGCAAGGAUGUUGAAGCACGCGUUACACCAGUGAUAAGACAAAAUCGCGAACGCCUCGCCCCAACGAAACUAACGGAAAUACUCUCAGAGAUAUGCGAUGAUGCACAAUGAUUUCGAGACGGCGAUCGUAUUAACGGCAAGACAACGCAUUUGUUCAAACGUAUCGACGAAAGUACGUGAAUUAGGUUGAAACGCGCACGUGAAAUUUCCGUUUCAGUCGUCCGAACUUUAUUUUUAAACGAAUUAUACGAUAUACGUUUAUAACGCUGUUGAUCAAAUUUUAAUCGAAUUGACAGUUAACAAGUACACAUAUAUAUAUAUAUUACGAUGUUAUAGAAUUCGAACGGGCGAUUUACGAUUAAAGAUUAUAUUUCUCGUUGCAAUCGAUAACUCGAUCAGUUGUAUUAGAACGAUCAUCUGUAUUCUAUAUCGUUCGCAUCGUUGAGAACGCUUUCCAUUUAAUUGAAUCGGAAGAACUCGCCCCGAUGCGUAUCAUCUGUCAUGAUCUCCUGCAUUAGUUUUUUUGAAAAUGAUCGCAACGAACGCGCGACGAUCGCAAUGAUCGCGAGUGGAGUAAUAUUUGGAGUGGAGUGCGCAGCAAAUUCUCUCCGAUUGUCCCUCGGCCGGUCAACGAAAACGGACAAUUUGGGGAGAGGAGACACGAUUAUU